AUGCAGAACAGCUCGGCGACCCUCCUUGGCUUGCCUACAGAAUUGAGGCUCGACAUCUACCAUCAAGUCUUCCAGCAGCACUCCGACAUCAAGCCAUUGGAUGGCUUUAAACUCCAACGCCACUACCCUCCUCGUCCAAAUGGCCUACAGGGGAGCUACAUUCGAGUCAACGAUGUAAGAUCUCAGCCUGCAUGUUUCUCCAUUCCAUGGCUCAACCUCAUGCUGUCUUGUAGAGCUAUCGCAGAGGAAAUGAAGCAGUACAUGGAGUCUGCGAGCUACCGGGACACUGAACAAAACCACACUCUGGAGAUUGAUCUCGGGCCGGCCACGCAAGGCGAGGUUAGCAGUUGGAUGACAGCUACUUGGCGUAGAAUCCCCUGCCCGCCGCAACAAAUGCGAAGGUUGAUCGUCCACUGCAACGGGGCGGCGCAAGCUGUUAUUCCUGCCCUGAAUCUGUUUCUUCAUUGUGGAAUCUCCAUGGACCGAAGACACCCGUUACAAGAGCAUCUGGCCUUGGAUGAGCUUACCAUCAACGUCUUGUCGACCCGGGCUCUCGCCGUCCCGGACCAGACGCCUGGCUUCGAGCCCGUGGACGAACAGAUCCGAUGUAAGCCAGAGUUCGAGUACGUCCACACCGUUCUAUCAAAUUAUCAUCGAACAGGAAAGCUUUCUGGAUACUUGAAGAAGGUCUACAUAUCCGGAAGAGAAGAGAACGCCGAGUUCGAGGUAGUGCAUCCCUUUAAGCCUGGUUUUCACAACUUUCCGUGGGGAGUGAACGAAGGAAGAUAA